GUUGUUGUGGGUGCGAGCGGGACUGCAAUCUGCAUCGGAUGGUUUCGAGGUUGCAGCGUCGUAGUCCCCUGAACAGUUCACCGAAUCGUUGUUUAUCUUUAGUGAAUGAACGGGAAUUGUCCACUUUAAACUACUUUGCAAUACAGUAAAAGACUUGGUCACAAUCAAAGCAUUUAGGAAAAUUGAAGAAAAGACAAAGGGCGCAAAUGGAACUGGAGCAACCACGGACGGAGCACGGAUAUAUUCGCUAAGCUAGUUAGCAAGCCAACUAGCCUGCUGCUAACUUGAUACAUUGGAACACGAGUAACAAUCAACUGGCUAUGACUGAUAACGAGGAAAGGACAGUCAAAUUAUAAUCUAGAAUGAAUUAUUGAGAAUCAAAUCAAAUGUUUUAGCUACGCAUUUUUUCUUACGAAAGUAUUUGCAUGGAAUGGAUGCGUUCUGUAGAAUUGCUCAACAACAAUAGUUAGCCGGCUAGCUAGCUACGGUUACUUGCAUGUUGAGUUGGGAAGCUAUCCCGUUAGCAAAAUAACGUUACGUCAUCUGUACAGUAGUUAACCAGACGGACAGGCAACUACAAUAAGGUGGAUGGACUGUCAUCUGCGUGGGGGUGUUCGUGAAGUUAACGUUAACUGGGUAGCCUAUUCCUCCUUCAGAUUUUUUGACACAGUUUAGUAUUACACAUGACAGAAGUGAACAUGGUAGUGUUAUAUGACAAUGGAUAUAGUUAGCUACCCGUUUGUUAGUACCGUAGGGAAGAAGUGACAACCGAUAUCUCAGGUACAGUUUAACGUUGGACCACAAUGCAUUAGGUCUGACGUUCUGCUUUCGGACAUAGGAAUCUCUUUGGUUUUGCUGGACCGCUUGCUAACAAUAACUUUAUGACGCGGGCUCAGUCCAUUAUUUCAUUUUUGACUGACCACACAGAUCACAGUUUCCCUAAAGCGUCCACAGCCCUCAUACCAUGGCAGCGGUUGUCAACUACUCACCGCCGUGGUGGGUCAACCUGCUACACCGACUCCCUCAUUUCAACCUUCAAUUCGAACAGACGAGCAGCGAUUUUCGCCCGGAGGACUCGUCAUAUCAACAGUCCAUCCUGCUGCUGGGAGGCGUGGCUCUAGCUUGCCUGGCCCUGGACCUCCUCUUCCUGCUCUUCUACUCCUUCUGGCUGUGCUGCCGGCGGAAGAAGAGCGAGGAGCAGCCCAACGCCGACUGCUGCUGCACCGCCUGGUGUGUCAUCAUCGCCACGCUCGUCUGCAGCGCCGGCAUUGCUGUUGGUUUCUAUGGGAACGGCGAGACCUGUGACGGCGUGAACAGGCUGACGUACUCCCUGCGCCACGCCAACCGCACUGUGGCAGGAGUGCAGAAACUGGUAUCAGACGGCACGGGCUCCCUGAAGCAGACGGUGGAUGGCAGUCUGGGGCAGCUGGAGGGCCAGUACGCCAAGCACACAGACUAUCUGUCUAUCAUCCAGAAGCUGCAGGGCCAGCUGGACGAGCUGGUGAGGCAGAUGGUGGAGAUCCCCUUCUGGGGAAACAGAGACAUCUCCCUGGAGGAGCUGGCCGUCAACAUCGAGCUCUACGACUGGUACAGGUGGCUGGGCUACUUAGGCCUGCUGCUUUUCAACAUCCUCAUCUGCCUGUUGGUGCUGUUUGGCCUCAUUCGCAACUCCAAGGGAACACUUAUUGGAGUGUGUCUUCUGGGCAUCCUGGCUCUGGUUAUUAGCUGGGCCUCCCUGGGCCUGGAGUUGGCUGUGUCUGCCACCUCCAGUGACUUCUGCGUUGCUCCAGACAUGUUUGUCACCCAAAUGACCGAACAGUAUGGAGUGCUCAAUAAAGACAUUUUGCAGUACUACAUGACAUGCAGUGUGGGCCAAACCAACCCAUUCCAACAGAAGUUGUCCGGGAGCCACAAAGCCUUAGUGGAGAUGCAGGACGACGUGUCUGAGCUGCUCCGCUCGGCCACCAGAGAGUACCCCCAAACUAAGGGGAAUCUAGAACAGAUCCAGGGGGUGCUGAACACCACAGAGAUCGGCCUGCAUCAGCUCACUGCCCUGGUGGACUGCCGAAGCCUGCACAUGGACUAUGUCCAGGGUAUAACAGGGUUGUGUUAUGAUGGACUGGAGGGCCUGAUCUACCUGGUGUUCUUCUCCUUCGUCACGGCUCUCAUGUUCAGCUCCAUCGUCUGCAGUCUACCUCACACCUGGAACAACAAGAGGAACGAGGCGGACAGCGAGGAGGAGUCCAUGGCCCACGGAGGCAGACUGCAGAACCAUGACAACCUGUACCGCGUCCACAUGCCCAGCCUGUACAGCUGUGGCAGCAGCUACGGCAGCGAGACCAGCAUCCCUGCUGCAGCACACACCGUCAGCAACGCCCCCGUCACAGAGUACAUGACCCAGAAUGCCAAUGCCUUCCAGAACCCGCGGUGUGAGAACACCCCACUGAUAGAGAGAGAGUCCCCUCCUCCCUCGUACACCUCCAGCAUGAGGGCCAAGUACCUGGCCAACAGCGGACCGGGUCCCAGUACCUCCACCCCCGUUCCUCCACAGCACCAAGAACACAACUCUGCACACCACUCACGACAGCACACUCCACACCGCCCACCACAUCACCCAGCGGAACAGCUCUAGACAACACCGGGGGCGUGACCCACCAACAGACACACCAGUGUGGAACCACCUAGCCUCUAGAACUUCUUCUCCAACGCCCCUCAACAUCUCUGUGACGUCAUCGCCAUCCUCAUCCAGGCUACAGUCCCCAUCUCCUUUCCUCUUCACUCUUACUAGCCCUCUCCCCCAGCAACAACUUCAAACAUCUGAGCCAAAUAUGUCUUUUGAAGUGUGCAUGAUGGGAGAGCAAAGAAAGAACGCGCAAGGCAGACGCAUCAUGUAAAUAGUUCUGUCGUCAUUACAAUGUUUUCCGUAGGCCCUUUCAUGAUGUUUCCAGAUGGCCAGUCUGAGCUGGGCCACAGCAGAGCAGAUAGCCAGUGCAGGGUGAGGGCCAGUGGGAGGUUAUUUCCAGCAUCGUGGGAUCGCUGUCAUCUGCUUCAUGGGCUGCUAGUGGACUGACUGAGUUAGUGGCCCUUGUUCCCCUGCUACCACCGCCUCGCCUCAGUGCUGGACCAUCCUCGUGGCCCAGGGACAAUACAGACUAAUAAACGAUCUCUGCUCCUUUUCCUCCUCCUCUGCUCAGUCCACCAAAUAUCAUCUUGAACGGAGUGAUAAUGUCUUAUGUGAGGAUAUGUUGCUCAAACAACAUAUUUUGGUCUUAUUUGUCUGCCACUUUUGGGGUCUCCCUGUAUUUGAUAUUGUAUGAAGGAGAUAUCCACAAUCAAAUGGUCUCCGUGUUAACCACUGCAAAAACCACUGGUUAUGGUGCUGUGAAGGAGAGAACACCUGAUGAGAUAAUGAAACUAAACUGCCAUUGCUUUGGUGAGGACUGAGACAGUUAUGGGAAUAUCUAGCACUGAUAACUAUUGAUAGUGAUUUUGUUCAAUAUGUUGCUAUGUACUGUACUCUCUCAUUGCUGGAGAAGAUGUUGAGCAAUACCUUACACAGAGAGAUGUGGAAAGGCCUAGAAACUGCUGUUCCCUCAUACCCUUUUACAGAACUAGGCCUCUGUCAUGGCAAGUUGGGAUCCAUGCACGGUUCCUCCAAAGGUUGGGUGUACCUCCACAAUACUAUGGCCAUGAUAUGUCUGAAAGACAAACACCAGUGUUUCUCAAGCAUUCGGUGUGAGUGUUCUUCAUAAUAGUGGAACAUCUCAGUUCCUCAUGUAAUCCUGUUAUCUGGAGGACUUGCAACACAACCAGUAGAACGCCGGAUCGAGGAAAGGGCAUUAACAUCAGUUGUAAUAUCCGGUCUCUCAAUCCAUGUGUCUGAUGAGAUCACAUUGACAUAUCAUUACUACUGUCUAACAAGCUGAGAGACUACUGAUUACUCAUCUAUGUAGCCAUCAGCUUGUUAUUGCAUUUGUCUGUACAAACAGACUGUGAGUGGGACCAGUUAUCUUAUUUCACCAUGUCUUAUAGUAGUAGGUCUAUGACUGGAAAAGACUGGGAUCUCUUAACUCUUACAUUAGUCCUGACCUGCAUGUUUGUGGUUGUUGUUGUCCCCCCUC